AUGAAGCUCACAACAGCCGCCGCUUUGCUCUCUUUAGCUCUCGGCCCUAUCGGCACCACCGCAUCAGCGCCUGCCGACAUUGCCAUCACCAGCUUCUCCGCCGACAAAAAUUUCGGUCACAUCUCCUACAAAACCCACUUCCACACCCCCCUCCACCACGGUUCCCAGAUCCCGCUCGAAUGCAGGGGCCCUCAAGACCGGCAGCCAAGACAGUUUUCGCUUCGGGCCGUCAAACCCCAUCGACAUCAAAUGGCCGGCCCCGGGGAUCGCCACCGUGCACCGGAGCGCGAGCGAGAUCUGCUUCACGACCAACUCGACUGGAGCCGUGCAUGCUCGUUCCCGUACACGGGCUCGAGUGCGUUUGAGGGGUGCUUUGAUAAGGGGGUGAUGGCGCUCACGAAGGAACUGGAAGGCGUGCUUGGAUUUGAGGGUUGCAAGGUUGUGCACUUUGAGGGAUAA